AUGAUGCGUGUUAUUCCGAGACGGUGGAUUUUCUCCAAGCCAGUCUCGGACCUGCCAAGUCGCCCUUAUGAGCCGAGUUUUGUUCAACGAUUCGCGGAAAAGUACUCGAUCGCGAAAAAGGAAGAAACGAGAGAUUACGUGACGAUUCUAGAGGAAAACCAGAGCAUGAUCGUGGGAGCGACGAAUAUGCACGCGCCGACAAAGUGGAAAAUUAAUUAUUAUAUCGGAUUCUUCGUGAUUCUUUUCGUCAGAAUGGGUUAUCGUGAAUCUCAAGAGCCUGGCGGAUAUUUACGAAACACGAUUCUGGGCGAAAUGGGUCCAAACAAUCGAUUUAAAUGCGCUCGCGACGAUUUUUUGAAAAUCAAAGGCAUCGUGUUCGAGCUGUUCGAAAUGGCGGCGCAAGAAGAGUUGUUUUAUUCGAUGAAUCCGCACAUGCGCGAGUUCAAAAACGUUAAAUUUUAUUCUUUUCCAGAAGAUGAAAACAGAAUGUGCCCGAUUGAGCGCGUUAAUAUUCCAGUGCUCGGCUCCUGCUGA